UGGUUCAUGUGCCGUUGACGUCAUCUUAAACACACGAUCAUAACUAACAACGAGCAUUAAGGCUUAAACAAGCUCGCGGUAAACUUGACAGACGGUUCUCAUCGGUAAACAACCAGAUGAGACUAAACUGAUUCUACUGAAUUACUUUUACUACUACACAUGUAAAUUGUAUUGACUGUAUACUUGAAACAUAUUACUGUCAUCUCUAGAGGAUAUAUGUAUACAUAUGAAUAUUUAAAUGCAUCACUACACAUAUUCUCCUGUCUGUCUGAAUGAAUGUACAUAUAAUAUAUACAACAAACUUUCAUGCUCUUUGGUGUAUAUUUAUAAAGAAAACAGUGCGACGGGAUAAUAUUUACCUAUCUCAACUGAACCGUGGACACACAUCGGAUAUUAUAACAACUCUAUCAUUUGAUACUGAGUGACACAGAUAAGUCUUAUAUCUUGUUAUUUAUACACUUUUACACAACCAACUUAUUUUACAACUCUGUAAAACUUUAUAAACUUUUAUUUUCUGAUUAUAAACAAAAUGGCAACAGAAGCACAGAAACUUAUUGCUCUUUCUCUCGGCAAAAUUGCCGCCUCCCGUAAUCAACGUGGUGGAAUUAAUCUUCACAAAAAUCUGCUCGUGGCUAGUGUUUUACAUAGAGCCAGGUCUGUGUAUAUGCUGGAAAACUACCAAUCCUUUAUCAUGAACAAAAAUCGUCAAAUGGAACCCCAUGUAAACACACCCCCUGUUCACAACAGUAAAGAACAAUUACAACAUUCCAAUGUUGCGCCUAACCACGACUUAAAUGGUUCUCUCACAACAACAACAGCAACAGCAACAACAACCACUUCUAUGGGUGGACCCAGUUUGGAGAUGCCAUCUUCGUGUGCUAUGGAGCAGGAAUCUGCUGCCUGUAGUAUACCUAACAACAGUCCAAUUGAUUUUGGAAACAAUGUUGAUUCGAAUACAGAUGACUGUAUGUUGUCUAGGAGUAAUAAAACAGAAGACAUUGAGGGAAGUGGGAAGAUACCCACGGCUGUACUCGGUGUUGGUCAUGAAGUGGUACCCUCAUACACAAACUCUGUUCCAACAGCCAGCACUUCGUCGUUUUUGCCGGCGGGAACAAUAACAAAUGCUGUCGUCUCAUCUUGUACCAACAACAGUCGCAGUUAUAAUACCAGUCAUACGACUAAUAACCACAUGAUCUCCGGACCCUGUUCUACAGUUCGUCAUAAAAAUGUUGAUGUUUUUUCAACGCCCUCUGUGGACUAUUCAAUGGUCCAUAAUUCUUGUAUGAAUGACGACAAGGAGAACACACCUCCGUCUCAAAACAUGGACUACGAUUUAGAAAGUUUAUGUAGCAGUGGGGCUAACAAUACUGGUGUUAACAUGGUGAACUCGUCAGUUAUUCAACCUCACCACAUGCAAUACCAUCAUCAACAACAACAACAGCAGCAGCAGCAGCAACAUCAUUCAUCACUACUACACCACCACAGUCACCAUCCGCAUCCUCAUCACCAUUAUCACCCUCCUCCUCAACCUCUGCAGAUGCAGGUCACAACGAGUAGUUGUUUCCUAUACCCUGGGACAGAUUCAACGGGUACUUAUACGAACAGUAACCACGCGACUGUAUCUGGUGACAACAACCAGCAACAAUCUUGUGCAUUUAGUAGUAACAAUAACAAUGUACUCGUGCUUGGCUCUCAGGGCCAGACAUUGUCUAAAUCUGCCAUCAAAAGAAAGCGACCUUCUUACGAUUUACCAGACUCUGGUCAAACAAUGAUGAUGCUAAAUGGCUGCAAUGGAAACAGGGGUAUGGCUACUGGACAUAACAACCAGUUGGUUCCUUCGUUACCCACUUCUGUAAGUUCUACUUCACUUUCUUGCUCUUAUUCUUCCGCCUUCAGUCCCGCCUGUCCGAAAAGAAGUCGGCUAACCGACUGCUUAGUACUGGCGGACCACAAUAACAAAUAUGACACAUUAAACACAGAACACGAGAUGUCAUCACAACCACAACAGCAAAUUCAACAACAGUUUCAUCAACAACACCAUCCCCACGUUAAUAAUAAUAGCCAUUCUCAUCAUCAAACACAUCACCAUCCUCAACAACAGCCAGUUGCAGAUAGCACGUCACAGAUUAGUAACCUUGUGUCAAUAUUUCAUUCGGGAUUUUCUGGACUUUGUUCAACUGUUACUACCCCUAUUACUCACGGCAACGGUAGUAGAGCGACGAUGGAAAAUGACCAUCAUCAUAAUCAACAACUACAUCAUGACCACGAACACGAUCACCACCAUCAUAAUCAUCAUCAACAGCAGCAGACCAAAGACAGUGGCGGUGGAUAUGAUAGUGGGGGCAGUUUCGUGAGGGCCGCCACAGCCAGCACAUGUACGACCAGCAGCAGCACCAUCUCUAACAACAACAACAACAAUAACAAUAGUAAUAACGGCAGUUACUGUAGCAACAACAACCUGUCUCCUUCACAACAUUUUACUACGAACACUACUAGCACGACUACUGCUACUAGUACGAACUCUACAGCUACUACCAACCAAGGCAACAACAACAGCCACGGGAUAACAACGAUUAGCAGCAGCACUCCUACCACUACAACAACAUCUACUACCACCACGACGACGUCGUCUACGACAAGUACAACAUCCAGCAACAACAACAACAGCAACAGCAGCAGCAGCUGUAACUCGACGACGACAACAAACACUACCAAAACAGCAGCAGCGUUGUCCAACAAUCGGGUGGAUAGCCUCUCAUCGUCAGCGGCAGCUUGCAGCACCCAGGUGAAAGACAAUAGAAUUGAAGCUAGCCUGAGGACGGUCAUUGCUUUGACAGUAUGAUUUCUUCUGUUGAAGUAGUGGUAAAUAUGAAAUUUUGGAAUGAAAAAAAAAAAGACUGAUCAUGAUAAUAUAUAUAUAUAUGUGUUAAACGAGUGAGAGCGAAAUGAGUGAGUGUUAUAUUUUGUUCUCUUUUCUUUUUUUUUUUUUUCACCCCCCACUCCUUAACAAAAAAGAUGAACGACUCAAUAUUAUAUUUUUUUAGUGAAAACAAAAAAAAAAAAUUAUAAAAAAAAGGAAAGAAAAAUACGAUCAUUAGACAAGUCUUUAGUACGAAAAAAUAUAUUAAUUAUAAUAAUUAUAAUAAUAAUUACAACAAUAACAAAAGUUAUCCAAAGCAGCGUUAACAGACAGAGAGAGAGAAAGUGAUUUUUUUUUUUAAUAUUCUUUAAAAAAAUCUAUUGUAAUGGUUAUCAGCCAUUCUAAUUAUAAGUUGGUUCAAAGUGUGCGUGUGUGUGUCAGGAUCUGGAUUUACUCAUAUAUAUACCAUAUAUAUAUAUAUAUGUAUAUAUAUGUGUAUAUACAAAAUGUUUUUUUUUGUACUCUUUUUCUUACGUCACAAAACCUGUCAGCUACACAACUCACUAAAGCCUGCCAGGUGAGUAAUUUUCCACAAGAGAGAGGACAUUCAACUCAGUGAUAUAUUAUAAAAUUUAUAAAAGAAAAGAAAAGAAAAAAAAUAACGAGGAAAAGAAAAUUCACAUGGCAGGCUCUCCCCACCCCCCUGUUUUUUUUUUUUUUUUUUGGUUCCUUCUCUCUGUCUGUUGCUGUCUUACACACACAAACACACACACAUACAUACACAUGCACCACCCAUAGGACAACAAUAAACAGUCAGACCCCCCGUUGCCCCUCUCUCUUUCCUUCCUUAUAUUUAAAAAAAAGGAAGUCCAAGAAGAGAUUGUUGUAACUUAUUACAGCGGAAAAACAUUAAAAAAAAUGAAAGAAAAUGCCACUAAAUUAUACCAAACAGAUAAGCAAAUUUUAAAGAAAAGGAAAAAAAAUGAAGCAGACAGUUACGUAAAUACAUUUUUAUCAGUUAAUCUUUGUUCUUUUUUUUUUUGUUUUCUAUCAACACAUUAUAUGAAUGUAUUAUAUAUAUAUAUAUAUAUAUAUACAUACAUAGCAAGUAUAUAUAUUUCUUCCUUAGUUUCCUAGAAAUUUCCUUGUUCAGAUUUUCCUCUCUCAAUCUUCUCGUAUUUUUUUUUGUUCCCCUUCUUUCCUCUCUUCUUUUCUCAACACUUUACGGCCUUUUGUUUCUCAUCACUAUUUUAUUUUUUUUUUGUAGCUUUCUACUUAUUAACCCUCUUCAGGUUUAAAAACCGUAAUUAUAACAUAUAACGAAAUGAUAUAUUUAAUUUUUCUGACAUAUUUUAGGAAGUAAAUUAGACCAAAAAAAAAAUAAUUAAAUAAAGGAAAAAGAAACCAGUAUUGUUUCAGUUAGAAAGAAUCUAAGAAAAUUUUUAAACGCUAAAAGUCCAAGAAAUUAAUGAUUAACAAACAAAAAUUCCUGAAAAUCAAAUCAGUUUAUUUUUGAGAAAAAAAAAAGAAUGUUUACGUUCAAAUUCUUUGUCCCGCUAAAACAUUACUUAUUGAGCUGCAGUUUUUCAAAGUUUUUCUAUUUAUUCUAUAUCACUCCAAACUCCUUGUUAAAGUUUUUAGUUUGAAAUUGGGUGGGGGCGGGAAUAUGCGAAUUAUUAUUAAACAACAAAUGGUUCAUUCCGUAUUUGGGGGGUGCAGAGGGGUUCACAUUUUUUAAUAUCUUUUUUUUUUCCUUGUAUCUAACACUACAUAUCUGUUAGUACACACUUUUGACCAAUCCUUUGUUCACAAGGGGGUGAUAUUUAUUACACACAGAUGACAACAAUGCUUCCGUGUUCUUUACUUUUGUGGGUGUGAGGGACGGGUUAAUAUGUUAGCCUGGGUUUAAAACAAAUUUUUUUAAUUGAAUUUCAUUGUUCACUGCGCCCAUUCAAAAAAAAAAAUAAUAAUAAUAAUCCUUUGUUUUUACUAAAAUUCCUGUUAUCAACACGGAAGCCAUGUUACAAACUCGCAUUGAAUACGCGCACAUGUGUGAAAACUUGUGCGUGUGUGUUUGUGUCUGUGUGUGCGUGGCGUAUCUGUCUGUACUUGUAACCGGCUGUGACGAACGAAUCGACAAAGAUUUUCGAGUUAGCUUAGCUAAGCGGCAAGGGAGUGGUAGGAAACUACUCUGUUCUUGUCAGUCCAUCUUAUAUAGUAGCAUGAUGUGUGUGUGUGUAUAUAUAUAUAUGUAUAUAUAUAUGUAUAUACACACACAUACAUAUACACUUGUGGAACGAUAAAUCCAAUCACUUUUUUCUUUCUUCACUUCUUUCUCAUAUAUAUAUACAUAUAUAAAAUUUCACAUCAACUUACACUGGGUGCAAGGCGAUGAGUUUUCCUUCUUUUCCUACUUAAGUUUACUUUCUUUAUAAUAAAUAAUAACUAUUAUUGUUUUUUUGUUUCUCUUACUCAGUAGGUAAGAGUAGCUGCUUCUACCUGAUUUCUUUGUUGUUGAUUGUUAUUUCUCCCUCCAUGGUCCCCCCCACUUCUUUUCCUCACUGUUUCUUAGCUUUACUUUGCAUUAACAUCUAUUAUAUACAUCUACAUCCUCCUUGCUUACACUUAUGCUUCUAUCCAUUGACGUCCUCAACCAGUUUUUCUAUUUCCUAUUUGGAGUCACUUCCUACUUUUUAUUUUAAAAACGCACGUCAUUUUCUACUUGGUUACUCAUCUAAGAAAUAACGAUAAUUAAUCCUAUUUAAUGAAUUAUAUGUCUGUCAUUCACUGUUGUUCUUUUCUGGGCUAAAUUAAUCUAGGCAGGAUCGAUCAGCUGUAACUGAAAAUUUUAUCAGCUAAUCAAGGGGUACCUUAUCAUUUGAUAACUUCUCUCUAUAUCUUGUGUCUGAAUAAUUAAUAAUGGUUCAUAUCUUCCAGCUCUGGCAGAAGUUGGUAGAUUCAUUAAUUACUUGGAAGAUUUUCUUCUGGGUUACCUGUUGCUUCACUAUUUUCACAAACUUUCCACUGGACAUGAUAUUUCUCAAGCCAAUAAUGGUUAUCCUUCAUCCGUUUACCUUUCCAUAAACAUAGGCAGCGAGUAACACUCCCUAGCUAUCUUACCUGUCUGAUGCCAAAAUUCUGUGAGAGAUUUAAGUACAAUUAUUAUUAUUACUAUUUUGAUGUUUGUUUCAAAUAUUUCUUUUUGGGGAGUUAGGAUUUAAUAAACUGGGCUCCAAGAAUUCCCAUCUCCAUACAACCAUGUUCUUCGUGUAGAUAGCAUGUGCCUGUAUAAUUUGUAACUGUAGCUGAGAUGUGUGUUGCGAAUAGGUUUAUAGUUUAAUGAAAUUUUAUUUAUUUAUAAAGAGAAAUUCCAGUGGUACUGUUGCUGGAACUUUCUCAAAUUACACAUUACGUUUGUAUUAUGUCAGGUAGCUGUGUUUUAAGUUUUCAUGUUACAAGAUUACUGAUUCGGGAUCCAAAUUUACUUUGAUUUCUUGGCAAUAAUUAUAACAUUUCCUAAUUGAAAAGAAUUGUUAAUAAUUUCCACAUUUUCUGUUUGAAUGUUUUAUCAGUUUCUAAGAAAAAUAGGCUAUUAUUAUAGAAUCCUUGACUUGGUGUGGUUAUGUUACGUUACUGCACUCAUUAACUUAAUGUUCUUAAGUGGAAGGAUAAAAUUAGAAUGCUUUUCGGCAUUCUAUUUUGCUUUUUGAGUAGAAGAAUGUUAUAGCAAUUACUGUAUACAUGUUAUAUGAUGUGGGUAUAAGUUCUAAGUAAUUCUCUCCCUUUGAAUAUUAUUAUUUAAAUUUUUCUUGAAGUAUAAUUUCAGUCGACAACAGGAAGCACGUAUCCAUAUUCUUAUGUUGUGAUUAAACAUUUGUCUAAUAUCCUGAAAUACAUUUAGUUGUAAAGACUUUGGUGGGAAAAUUAGUAAAUUAAGAACCUAAUGAAAGUUUCCCCGGUAGUAGUUAAUUCUGAAUCAUAGCAACAGAUUAAUUAUAAGUCUGAAUUUAGAUGUGUUCCUGUGUAGCAGGAUUUAUUUUCUCUGUUAUAUUAAUUGAUCUACAUAAUAUAUAGACACACGAGAUAUAGAUUCGGUUGACUUGGGUCUUCGAAUCUUUCUCUGAACUUAAGUACUUCCAGUUGUAUGGCUGGUGUCUUCUGGCUAUUUAAAAAUUCAAUCUUACUUGUUGAAACUGAUUUAACGGCCCAUCUUCACGGAUCAUUAAUUGACAGUGAAGAUUUCUGUAGUAAUAGUAUUAUCUUGGUUUUAUUAUAUCAUAAUAUACAUUAUAGUUGUCUCUGGUGUCUGAGACGGAAAUCAUUAUCUGUGCAUGAUAUAUUUAACAUGUCAGACAGUUAUUAUCUAUUUGUAGCUGUGAACAUUUAACUGAUUAUUUUUGAUAUUAUCAUCAAAAUCUUAUAAUUUUUGCUCUACAUGGAAAAUGUCCCCUCUUAUCGAUUCUUCGAAUUACUGAUUACGAAAGUGGAAAGGUGGAAGUUUAAUCCUUAUUGUGCUAACUCCGAAUAUAUGUUAAUAUCUUGUUACCUGUAAACGAAUGAGGCAUCUUUUACAGUGAACGUUUGCUUUCCUUACUUAAGUGUAACUGAAGUGGUCACUUAAAAAGUAUUGUAGUUAAUGUGUUUAUUGUUCACGUGUAUGACGACCAUUCCUUACAUACAAUUGUUUUCAUAAUUCUAAUUUUAGCUCAGAGCCCCCCUUUUUUCCUCUUCCGUUUCUCUUAAUGCUCGUUCCCGCUUUUUUCUACGUAAUUCUGCUCAAUUUAGAAACAAAUUUUUAUAGACUGUACAUUUACUCAAAGAAACAAUUUUAAACACUUCUCUGAGAAUUCAGAUAAGUUCUAUGAAAAAUUAAUUCUCGUUUUUGAAAACACGGGGAAAAGGCAUUGCACCUCCCUCGGCUGUGACAUAUAUUCUAUUUGUUGAGACCUGAGCUCAACUAACUGAGUGAUAGGGCCGAAGACCCACUUAUAGUAAGUUCAACAGUGGACCUGUCCAAACAGGCCUUCCACUAACUCAGACGAAUUAGCUACCGUUUGGCUAAUUCUACCCCCUACAUUGACAUGUGAUAUAAUGUCAUCAGAUGCUUGUCAGAAUAAAUUGGUUCAAAACUGUUUUCCAGCAUUUUGAUGCCCGCCUAUGGCGUAGAAAAAUACGGCGCUAAAUUCACACACAUUAUACGUCAACUUAAGGCGAGGCAUCAAGCACAACAUGCCCAUCACCAUCGAAUUCAGGGAUCUGGUCAUCGUCCAUUUACUUGAUUAUUCUAGCCUUGCUUUCCCGAUUUUUUUUUUCCAAACAAUUUGUCCCAUUACAUUAUUAUGUACAUUAGAACUUUCACUGUCGCUACGAGUUUUGUGAUACUUGUCAGACAGUUCCAGUUCAUAAUCCGUGGAGUAAACUACCACCGUUGAUCUUGCCACAGUGGGUAUGCAUUUCAUAAUAUGUUCUUGUUGACAUACUGUGAAUCCCAGAGAAACCUUCUCGAGUGUCAUCGUCAUGCCCUAACUUUCUCCUAUGACUGAAGAGUUCUUACAAACUCCAUAGCAAAAAUUGCCGCAACUGUAUGGACCGGCAACGCUGUUAUUUUCUCAAAUACCUUGGCAAUACUGGCGGACUUUUUACUUCAAAUAGAUCACGAAAGCACCCACCACCUGUUGAAGCGUCAAAGGCACAAAUCAGACUUCAUUAUUGUACAAUUCUAUCGAUGGUUCUUUACAUAUAACACAUAAAAAAAAAAAUCUGUUAGCUCAUUUCUAUCCAAUUCCGUGAACAUAAACUAUAUUUUUUCUUAUUCAACAUGUGAGUGGGGGCGAGUUUCCCCACCUCAACGAACAAAAACACAUUGUAAGGUGAACCUAGCAACGUAGACAAAGGCUAAAAGAACGUAAAUAGCAAAUAUUUAUAUACUUAUGAAUUAUAUAUCACAGAAAUUUAUAUAUGUAUGUAUGUAUGUAUAUAUAUAUAUAUAUCGUAUCAGUUAUAUAACAUCACAAGUUAUUACCUAGCAAAAACUUAAUAAGCACUUUUAAUUUGCCUCACCUUAUUUGGGUCUGAACGAACUGCCCCCUGUGAUUUACUGAUAAAGCUUUAUAGUCACCUGAUGUGGAUGUUUUAAACACACAACAACAAAAUAGUCAUUCCCUCCAUAAAAAAUCCCUUCAUUCUUUUAUAUAUCUGAAAAUGGACACCCUAAAAAUCAAACGCUAGAUUUAUCUCUACGAACUGGAAUGUUGGUUUAUUGUUAUGGUGACGUGCAUUUUCUGGUUUGUUUUUGGCUUCUCCCCUCUUUGUUUUAAGCUUCUUUGUGUGUAAUCUCACUUGCCUUUUUAGUUAGGGCAUUCUCUGUUACUCUCCUCUCCUCUCCUCUCCUUUCACGACUAACACAUCCUCGCCGCUGCCACCACCGUUACUCCAUGUCUUCUCCCACUUCCACCACCGUCACCUUGCUGAAAGGCUCUUCUGUAUUACUCAUCAAGUAGGGUGUACUCUAAAGUAGUAGUGGCAGUAGACGUUUGGGCGUUGUGUGCCUCUGUGUGUGUGUGUGUGUGUGUGUGUGUGUAUGCGUGCGUGUGCUAGAGGAAGCGAUAGAGGUGGGGAGUGACUCGUCGUCGUAUACAUACAUACAUAUAUAUAUAUAUAUAUAUGUAUAUAUAUAUAUAGCGAGAGAGAGAGAGACCGUAUUUGUUUGUAUGACGCUUACCGACGUGGUGGUUAAAAGUAAGGGUUGGUUUAGAGUUGGAAGGGUUUAUAACUUUGGCUGAAAGAAAACCUGGAAAAAAGAUGGAUGUGGUGGGGUGUGGGGGUGGAUGUUUGAACGAGUGACGUUCAUAGAGGGAUUGUUGUUGUUGUUGUGUUCGGGUUGUAUGGUGUGGGGGUGCUUAGCCGACUAACUCAACCCAAAGGCAAUCUUUCCCAAACAACAACAAUAACACAUAUAUACACACAACAGUUCAAUGUAACUCACUGACUCGCACAUCUCUCUAUCUAUCUAUCUCUCUCUAUUUCUCUCCCUCUCUCCUCUCUCAUUUCACCUUUUCUUUCUUUCUUUCUUUCUUUCUCUCUCUCCGCCACUGCUGCUUCGUCACAAUAACUAUUUAGAACUCGUUUACCUCCUUUCCUCUGUCUCUUCUUACUCCUUCCUCUCCUUCCACACCAGCUCUCUAUUUCUCAACGCUUCUUCUCUCUACUCGAUAGCGUAUUUAUUUAUUUAUUUAUUUAAUUCUUCUUCUUCUUAUUAUUAUUAUUUUCAUUACUUUUUGUUGUUCCUUACCAUACAUAUUUGCCCAUGGAAAGUUUGAGAGAUAAAGGAAAGAGAAAAAAAAAACAAACAAAUGUUUAGAUCGAAAAAGUCUUUGUCUUCUUUAACAAAGAAGACUUUGUUUUUGUGAUUAAAAAAAUUCAUAUAAUAAAAUAUAUAAAUUGAACACUUAAGAUGGACAUGAAAAUAAAAAUUAUGUUUACAUACAUAUAUAAUAAUAUAUAUGUAUAAAUAUAUAUUAUAUAUAAUAUAUAUAUAUAGUAUAUUUUAAUAUUAUAUAAUACAUAUAUAUAAUCGAUAUAUAUUAUAAUUAAUGAGUAUGAUUAAUGUGGCAGAGAAAGGUUUAAAAAAAAGUUUUAUGACAGUAAUGCACCCCGACCCCCAUAUAGUGAAAGAAAAACCCCCCAAACAAAACAAACAAAAAUAACAAAAUUUUAUUGAAAAAUUGUCUAAUUGA